UCCAUCUACCUCAUCCGAUAUCCUACCCCUUCCUAUCUUUGCUCCUAACCCCACUACCCAACCACCCCAACCAUAUACCCUCUGUUGUUAUCAAUAGAGAUACAUCCCCUCUUAUAGGAGAACAUUCACAAUGGCUGAAGAAGAACCCGACUACUCCAACCUCCCUCUCACUGACAGAGCAGUUCACAAGGUCUGGAAAGUCCGCAAAGCGGCCUACGAAGAAGCGGCUGCCGAAUUUGCAAAAUCGCCCGAUGAAGGUGCACCAUGCUUUCGAGACUGGCUUAUGGAUUCUGGUCUCUGGAAAAAAAUUGUCCUUGAUUCCAAUGUUGCUGCCCAACAAGAAGGUAUCACUGCGCUCUGUGCCUUCUUACAAUACGGUGGAGUGAACGCUUGUCUACGAUCCCGGUCCCACACGAUCUCUCCGCUGGUCGAAAAGGGACUUUCUUCUACCCGUGCAGGGACCAAACAGAAGUCUCUUGAGGCUGUCCUUUUAUAUAUAGAGCUUGACACACCCGGCCCCGUAUUAGAUGAAUUGGCUCCAUAUCUCUCACACAAAAUGCCUAAAAUCAUUGCGGCUACCAUUACAACCUUUACCUCAAUAUACUCAGCUUUUGGUGCACGAACAGUAGAUCCAAAGCCUGUUCUUAAAGCGCUCCCGGCCUUAUUUGGUCAUGCGGAUAAGAACGUCAGAGCAGAGGCUACCAAGUUGGCUAUCGAGUUAUACAAAUGGUUGAAAGAUGCAAUGAAACCCAUGUUUUUUAAUGACUUGAAGCCUGUUCAACAGAAGGAACUCGAGGAGGCUUUUGAAAAAGUCAAGGAUGAGUCCCCAAAACAAGAGAGACUAUUACGGUCCCAGCAAGCUAUGGCAGGUGGCGAAGAAGAGCAAGAGGAGGAAGAAGUCGAGGCGGAUGUGGAUGCAUUUGAUUUGGCUGAGCCUGUUGACGUUCUUUCAAAGCUUCCAAGCCAGUUCCAUGAGAUGAUUGCUUCAACUAAGUGGAAGGAUCGGAAAGACGCAUUGGAAUCACUGUUUGCCUUGCUCAAUGUUCCUAGGAUUAGGGACGGAGAUUUCAAUGAAAUUAUCCGGGCCUUGGCAAAAUCCAUGAAAGAUGCAAACGUGGUGGUUGUGACAGUAGCUGCUAACUGCGUAGAACUACUCGCAAACGGAUUGAGGAAAGCUUUUGGGCGGCAUAGGUCCUCAAUCAUGACACCUAUUCUUGAACGCUUGAAAGAGAAGAAACCGACCGUAGUAGAGGCACUGGCUAAAGCCUUGGAUGCAAUCUUUGGCGCGACUUCUCUUACAGACUGCCUCGAAGACAUUCUAGAAUAUAUGAAGCACAAAAACCCGAAUGUUAAAUUGGAGACAUUGCGAUUCUCUAGGGGUUACAGGAAUGGGACUAGACCGGAAUCCAAGUCAAGUGCUGAAGCCUCCGGAAAACUUCUAAGUGACACUACAGCUCCUGCCCGUGAUGGAGCUGCUGAGGCUAUGGGAACAUUGAUGAAGAUUUUGGGCGAACGACAGAUGAACCCAUUCCUGGAUGGUUUAGACGAAAUCAGAAAGGUUAAAAUUAAGGAGUUUUUUGAGACCGCCGAGGUCAAGGCAAAGGAAAAGCCGAAACCAGUUGCUCCUCCACCAGCUGCGAAGGCUCCUCCUAUGAAGAAGAUCUUGGGCGGAAAACCUGGAUUGAAAAAGAAGGCACCUCCUGUAGCCGCAGUUCCUCCACCGCCCACAGAGGAGCCUCAACGACCCAUGAAUCCCCCGAGGGCCAUUCCAAGCAAAUUGAACGCACCAAAAGCCGGCCCUACGGGUCUAAGGUUGAAAAAACCAUCAGGUGCAGGGGGUUCAGGUGCUCUAGCUUCACCGAAGCGCGCUGCUGCACCGCGAGCCCCCUCUCCAGAAGAAGAACCGCCAGCACCCAAGGUGGCCUUUGGUGGGAGAGGUUUGGCUAGCCGGCCGUUGGCUAAGGAGGUGGCACCCGCUGCAAGAGCGGUCGAUUCAGGCCUUAGCGCUCUGGAAAAGGCUGAAUUAGAAGAGCUGAGAGCUGAGAAGGAUAGAUGGGCAAGACAAAUUCAAGAAGAGAAAGCAGAGAAGGCGAAAUUGUUUCAGGAAAUCAAUGAACUGCAACUUCAGAAUGCUCAACUGAUUGAAGAUCAUACACGGGAUAAUCUUUCAAUUCGUGCCAAGGAAGCCCAACUCGUCCGUGCCCGCUCUGACGCGGAAACUGCCGAAGCUACUGUUCAUAAGCAGCAGCGUGAAAUGGAGCGUUUGAAACGGGAACUGGCUCGUGCGGUGCGUCCUACCUCACCGGCGCCUACCGAUAUCUCGGAACAUGUUUAUCGUGAUAAUGGCCUAAAUGGCUCUUACAACAGUGGAAGAAACGACUCCGUAGGAAGGGGCGCCGGUAACCGCCUUAGCUUCGCUUCGACAUUUUCGGGUGAGGACAAGGAGAAUGGAUAUGACAGGGGUUCCCGAAUGUCCCCAACUUUACGCGAAGGCACUGAAAGUGGACGGGCAAGCGCAGCGGGAAACAGAGGUGGUGCAGAUUCCAUUGAGAGUUGGAAGCGGGCCGCCGAGGUUACAAGCCAGCUGAAGUUAAGAAUCGAGCAAAUGAAAGCAAAACAAGGACUGGCAAGAAAUCAGCAUUAGUGGUGUUUUGGUGUUGUUACUGCGGGUUGUAAUUUCAGGGGAUUGGGCGAGGGGGUUCAAAACGGAUCCGGAGUUUCAUUGUUUGCUAAAUGACUGAAGAGAAUCACCAAGGAGUGGAGAAAACAAAAAGUCUCUCUACCACAUAUUCUUUCUGUUGCAUAGCAGGGUUUUAUUUCUUUUUCCCCUUGAUUGAUUUUUUUUUCUUUUCUUUUCUUCUUUUCAACUUUUAUUGGAACAGAGAUUUACUGUAAUGUUGCGAAUUUUUUUUACCGCAGUCGUUCAUUAGCUACCCUUUCUUCUGUUUAUUUUAUUUUAUUUUAUUUUAUUUUUUUCCUCUCAA